GUUAGUCGAGUUGUGCUGCUCGACCAGCAGUAAACUGCGUGAUAACUAAAGUCUAUCAUUGCAUUUAAGCCGUAUAUAUCAAUACCAAUAAAUGUAGAUAAAAUAUUAAAAUAUAUUUAAUAAACCAUAAGCCAAAUAUAUUUAAAAAAAUAUAACUAUUAAAUUGUAUAUUAAAAUAAGUGUUGUGAAUGUGACUGCUAGUUAUCAAAGAAUGUGGUCUUGUCGAAAAAAAAAGUAAAAAAUACUAUAGGCUACUACUUAUUACGGUAUUUCAGUUAUCACAAGUUAUAUACAUACAUUCAUACACACAUUUAUAUUUAUACAUAUAUAUUUAGAUGGUGUAAAAUAAUGCCGGCCGAAAAUUAAAUUAAGUAUGUCGAUGCCGAGGCAUUAUUAUAAUUUAAAAUAAUAAUUAUCAGCAUUAUGUUAAAUAUUUAAAGCAUACUGUUAUACUGUGUUUUAUAGGACAAGGGAUGGGCUAUUAUAAAAUACCAUAGAUAAAGUAAAAUAAAUAUUUAUUUAUAAAUCUCCAAAGAUAAAAAUAUAUAUGGUAAAAAAGUAAAUGUAAGAUUUAAAUUAUUGGCAGUCGCUAGGAUUAAUACUUUCUAAUGUUGCUGAUGUUUUAUUUAUAAUUGCAUAUCAAAAGAUGUAGAUAAAUAAUUAUCAUUAUUAUUUGUUUUAAUAAUAAGUAAAUAAACAUUUUACGGAUUAAUUGUAUUGUUAAUAAGCGAGAACUUGUUUAAGAUUGUAAGGAAAUGAAAAGAAAGACGAAAGAUACGGUCUGUUCAUUGAAUCGUCUUGUAUUCAAUGAACUGUGUGUUGUUUUUACUGAUACUAUUACACUGUGUGUGGAUUAAAAAAAUAUAAUUGACAAACAAGGCUUUUGUAAUCGCUGUUGUUUAACGUUUAUCUCGUCGAGCCCAUUGUCGAGGGGAAAAUGUUUAACUUUAUGAAGAAAACUGCGGAGAAAGAUGAAAAAGAAAAACGCAAACGGGAAAAGAAGGAGCGUAAGGAUGUGAAAAAACGUGAUAGAGGGAGUAUGUCUGCCGAGGAAUUACUGAGACUUGAUGAGGUACGGAGAUCGUUAAAAAUACGAGGGCGUCGCAAAGAAAAGGAAAAAUUGCCGAGCGGAAUAACAGCUGAUUACAGCGCCUCCUUUUUCGCUCAGCUGGACCGUAGUAAUCUAUUGGAGAACUCUGGUUCUAAUUCAAAUACUAGUGGUGGUACGAGUUGGACUCGUGUCGAUGGAUUGACACAGAGCGAUUCAUCAGAGGCAUCGUUAACGUCAUUGACAAACGUAAGCGGUAGUACUAGCGGCGGUACGAGUGGUAUUGGUGGUGGUAAAAGUUUUCCAGCAUUGCCACCAAAACCACCUAAACGCGGAAUCCUCAAGGGAUCACGUAACAACAUUGCCAGUAUGAGUGGAACGAGUACUGAAGGAUCUAAUGUAAUAUCAAAUGGAAAUGAAUGUGAAAUAAAUCAUUCAGAUCCGAGUAAUUUACUCGUGAGGAAUACACUUCAAAAUGAAGUGAUAACUUAUCAGAAUCUUCCCUGUCAGCAGCAGCAGCAGCAGUCGCAGCAGCAGCACCAGGAGAAAGACGAAUUUUGCAGUGAGGAAGAGUCAUCAUCCCAGUACUAUCAUCACAAUUAUAAUCAACAUCAUCACAAUCAGAGUGACUCGAAGCUUUUACAAGUAAUUACAAGUGCCAGCCCUUCUGCUGACUCAUUAACAGACACAACAAAUUCAAGCUUUGCCACCCCGCCCUUCAGUCUCUCCCCGGUUGGAGAGUCUCAAGGUUUUUCACGCUGGAGAUCCUCCAAUUCAUUUGAAGAGCAAGGCAUCCCUCUUCCAUUACCUCAAAUUAUUUCUCUGGUACUACCGGAACCCCGUGAAUUAACAAUUCAACGGCAACUGCCGCCAAGAAAUGAUUUCGGGUUUUCAUUACGACGGGCGGUUAUAAUCGAUCGUACCUCAAGUGGCUCGACCCAAAAUAUCAAGUCCGUUAUAUUCGCAGAGCCCGGCGCGAUUGUUCAAAAUAAUAAUGACACUGGUUUAUUACCUGGCGAUCGAUUGAUUGAGGUCAAUGGUAUCAACGUUGAUGAUAAAUCGCGAGAAGAAAUUAUCGAUCUUAUUAAAGGAUCUGGAACUAAUGUUGUUGUUAAGGUUCAACCGGUUGCCGAAUUAUCUGAAUUAUCACAGCGAGGCGGAUUAGACGGUAGACAAAUAGAGUUAGCAGCCGCAAAUAUACAAUGCGGUACUCUAAGACGAUCGGGCAGCUCAAGAUUUCAUCAAAACACGGCAAGAAGCGAACAACAUCUAGCUGAAGAACAAUCAUGGCUUGCAUCGGAACACGUGUGGCUUUUACAUCGCGGCGGAUUUACAUUAGCAACAAGAUCAGAAGCAUCGGCAGAUCCUGAUACGGGUAAAUUGAGAAUAAAACUUGUUCCCGGUGGAGAAGAACUUCUUGUAGACGAGGAAGAUGUGGAAAAGGCAAAUCCACCUCAGUUUGACAUGGUCGAAGAGCUCUCUCAACUAAGAUUUCUCAAUGAAUCCUCAGUUCUGCACACGCUGAGACAGAGAUACGCCAAUAAUCUUAUUCAUACCUACGCUGGCGACAGCAUGGUAGUGAUUAAUCCUGUCGCGCCCCUGGCAAUCUACUCGGAAAAGGUGGUGCAUAUGUUCAAAGGCUGUAAAAACGAAGAUAUGCCACCGCACAUAUACGCAAUGGCACAAUCCGCCUACAGAGGAAUGCUUGCGACAAGAAGAGAUCAUUCACUAGUUUUUCUAGGUCGCAGUGGAGCUGGAAAAACAACAAAUUUCAAACACGCCUUGCACUAUCUCAUUCUAGCCGCGGGGACAGUAAAUAAAAUACUCACUAUUGAGAAAUUGAAUGCCUUGUUUACGAUUCUCGAAGCCUUUGGGAACAGCAAAACUCACAUGAAUUCAAACGCGACGCGAUUUACACAAAUAUUUAGUUUAGAUUUUGAUCAGUCGGGACAAAUAGCUUCUGCUAGUAUCCAAGUUUUGCUGUUAGAAAAGUCAAGAAUAGGAAGACGAUACAAUGGUGACCCGACUUUUCAUAUUAUUUAUCGAUUGCUCGCUGGAGCAGAAGGACAAUUGCGUAAAGAAUUGAAUCUCGGUAAUUUGGUGACCGAAAAUAAUCCGUUUAUUACGCCGCUGCAGAAACAUGAAGAAAAACAGCGUGCGGUCGUUGAUUUCAAUCGUAUUAUGGGGGCGUUUAAAACAAUAGGAAUACCAGAAGCUGAUGAAAAAGUUAUUUGGACAGUUAUUGCUGGUAUUUAUCACUUGAGUUGUGCUGGUGCUGUAAAAACAAAUAUUAAUUCUCAAUCAAGUCGUUGGCAAUUUGCUCGGGCUGAGUGCGCAGAAAAAGCAGCAAAUCUCUUGGGUACGAGUGUCGAAGAACUCAGUAGAAUAAUAUUUUCUCCAAAUGGCGAUGGUGUUACAGCAGCUGCGAGUAGUGUUGGUGGUAGUAGUAGUAGAGGCUCUUUGCGAGCGUCAAGUCCCACUGAAAGUGCAGCAAAUUAUUCGGGACUUGAUGCCCUUGAGGGAUUUAUCGUUGGACUUUAUACUGAAGUAUUCCACUGCGUCGCAUCGCUCAUAAAUAAAGCAAUAUCAUCUCCUGUGCACACGGUAUCAUCGCUUUUACUCUGUGACACACCUGGAUUUCAAAAUCCAGCAUCGUGUGGUCAUCAAACUGGUGCUAAUUUUGAAGAUCUUUGUCAUAAUUAUUUACAAGAGCGUCUUCAGUUAUUAUUCCACUACACAAAUUUAGUCGCACCUAAGAAUCGUUAUGUACAAGAGGGAAUAAACAUUGAACACGAUGAAGAUUAUGAUGAAGAGAGUGGUGUCGGAUCACCGCAAGAUCUUAUUUCACUUGUCGACCGCGGUCAGCAAAAUACUGCGACCAUGAUUCGUUCAAGUCAAAAUGAUCUUACUGGUAGAUUUCAGGGAGAGAAAAAAGGACUUUUGUGGCUACUUGAUGAAGAAGCUGUUUGUGCUGGAGGCAGCGAUGAAUCUUUUAUGGACCGCUUAUUUUCUUUAUACGGUGAUCGCGAUUACCAGCUUUUGCUUAGAAAAGCUCCAGGCAACAAUCAGUUUGUUCUUCAGCAUUUGCAAGGAACCAACCCAGUGCUGUAUACUGCCACCGGGUGGUUAAAAGCCACUCGUGAAAAUCCAGUUACUAAAAGUGCCAUUAAUAUUUUACAAGAAAGCUCGAGAGAGGAUGUCAACAGACUUUUCGUUCAAGUACGAAGUACAGGAAUUACCGGAGCCCUAAUGACUAGUUCAGGAUUAGAAGGAUCACAGUCACUAAGAAGGGCUUCUAGUAUUCGGCGAACAUUUACAACAGUGAAACGAAAAAGCGCUUGUAUUCAAAUUAAAUUUACCGUCGAUGGAAUUAUAGAAACAUUAAGACGAACUCGUGUUAAAUUUGUUCACUGUCUACUACCGCAACAUAAUUCUGGCUGCACUGACAAAUCAUUCGUCACCAUGAAAUUACCGAAAAAUGAUAAUGGUGUCAUUAAUGUUCCACUACUACGUUCACAAAUUCGUGGAGGACAAAUAAUUGAUGCGAUGCGUCUUCACAAAGUUGGGUUUCCAAAGCAUUUACCACUAGGUGAAUUCAGACGUCGCUUUGGAUUACUUUCUAGUGAUUAUACGGCUAAUGUGCGCUCAUCAAGUCCUGUUGAAGACGAACGUAGAGUUGUGGAAGACAUGCUACUGACAAUGGACGUCGACGCUGCAUCCUAUCGUGUUGGUCAGAGUCAGAUAUUUUUUAGAGCUGGUGCUUUAGAACGACUUGAAUCACAACGAGAUGAAAAGUUGACAGGUCAUAUUGUAUUAUUGCAAGCAAGGUGUCGAGGUUACUUGGCUCGUAAAAAACUUAAUACAUUGAAGCUUCAAGAUUUGGCAGUGAGAUGUAUACAAAGAAAUGUAAGAAAACUUAUGUCCGUACGUGAAUGGCCUUGGUGGAGACUCUACGUAAAGGUCGCGCCUUUAUUAAAUGUCCAUCGUACCGAGGAUCAGUUAAAAGCGCGAACGGAAGAACUCGAAUUGCUGCGAGCCAAAGUUGAAAAAUUGGAGCAAGAGAGAAAUCAUUUGAAACAUGACAAUGUCAAAUUAGAAGCUAAAUUGAGUGUCUUGACUGCUGAUUACGCAGAGGAACAUUCGACCUCGACAUUAGCAGCGGAAAGAAUCGAUGCUGAAACCUCAGAACGACUUCGCUUAGAACGUCAGCUCGAAGAUGUUACUGAGACAAAUAAAAAUUUACAGCAAACGGCUGAAAGAUUGGAAAUGGAGUUACUGUAUGCACGAGCUGCGGAUUUGAAUCAAAUAACUCUUGAUGGUGAGGAAAAUAAUCAAGAGGACGGUGGUAUUUACAAACAAAGAUACGAGCAUGCGAUUCGCGAGCUGGAGUUUACGAAGCGAAAAAUGGCUCAGCAACACGAGGAUGAUUUGGAGCAACUUGUGGGCCUCAAAAAACAGUUGGAGAAGAAGCUCGCGGAUGCUUAUGAGGAAGUUGAAGAGCAGCGGCAAGUAGUCAGUCAAUGGAAACGAAGAGUCCAGAAGUUGAAUGGCGAAAUGCAUGACCUGAGACUGCUCUUGGAAGAACAAACUGCGCGGAAUAAUUUAUUGGAGAAAAAACAACGGAAAUUCGAUUCCGAGACCCAAAAUCUUAUGGAUGAUUUAAGACAGGAAAAAGCGCAACGAGAGAGACUUUUACGCGAAAAGGAAAUCGCUAUAGCUGAAAAGUUUACCAUUGAACAAAAUUUGAGUGAUUGCAGAUUGGAAAUGGAGUUACAAGAAGAGCGGCUGACAACUUUAACUCAAGAGCUCGAGGAAUUGAGUUACGGUGGUAAGACUGAAGAAGAAGUUAUGCACCUGAAAAAAUCAAAACACGAGCUGGAAAAAAAAUGUAAGGAUCAGGAAGAAGAACUCGACGAUCUUGCGGGACAAGUUCAGUUACUCGAGCAGGCUAAAUUACGUUUGGAAAUGAGUAUCGAGCAACAGCGUAAGGAAAUGCGCAAGGAAAUUCAGCAGAAAGACGAUGAGCUGGAAGAAAUUCGCGGAAACGCUCAUAAAAAAGUAAAAGCUCUGGAGUCGCAAUUAGAAAACGAACAUGAGGAACGAACAAUUUUACUGCGCGAAAAGCAUGAAUUGGAGAGACGACUGGUGGCAUUUGAAGAACAAGGUCGUAGCGAUCGUGCUGCGGAAGCUGAUGUCACUCAACGGCUGAAAAGAGAUUUGAGAAGAACACGAGCACUUUUACGUGACGCGCAGACGAUGCUCGAGCGUUCAAAGAGCGACGCUACGGGCAAAGUAGCAUUACGGCAAUUGAAAAAUCAAUUGGAAGACGCCCAGUGCGCUCAAGCUGUCGCGGUGAAGGCAAAACAAGCGCUUGAACAAGAAUUAAAUGAAACACAAGCGGCAUUAGAUGAAGUAUCUCGCAGCAAAUCAGAAGCUGAAGAUCGCGCUAAUGCAGCAAAUCGUGAACGUACAGAUCUGAUAUCUCAACUUGAAGAAAACGAAGAGGAAUUGGCCCAAGUAUUGAAAAAAUAUCGUACGACAGUACAACAAGUUUCUACAGAGCAGGCUGCAUUGCAAGAAGCUCAAGUACAAAUAGCCGCACUCGAAGCUGAAAAAUUAUCAUUAAAAGAGCAGCUUAUGGAACUCAGCCAACGGCUUGAGUCGGUCGAGCAGCUCGGAGAUCCCACAGCCAACAGUCUUGUUACUCGGCGACUCGAAUUUCGCGUCAAGGAACUCGAGAGUAAGUUAGAUCUAGAGCAAACAACUCGGGCACGGCUUGAGACUCAAAUUACACGAUUGAAAGAAAAUGUUGAUAAAUUACAAACCGAGUCGGCAUUAUUGAGAACCAAGGAGCAGACUGCGCAGGAUACUGCGAGAAGAUUGCAGCGAUCUUUGCGGGAAGCCAAAGAGGAAGCCGCUUGUGCGGUUUCGCGAGAACAAGAGUCAACUCGGGUGAGACGAGAUCUUGAAAAGGCUCUCGAAACCGCGGAAGCUGAAACUAAAUUAGCACGAGACGAUCUCAGGCUCGCGCUACAACGAAUCGAUGAUCUACAAAACGCGAUACAAGGCGAGCUAGAUUUAGAUUGCAGCGAGGAGGCUUCCACCACCACUGACAAUAACAGCAGUGACAGUGAAUAAAAUUAAUCGACGAAUUUUCAAUAAAAGUACAAUAUAUUUAUUAAUAAUUUAAAUGAAUAAAUAUGAAAAAUUGAACUGCUAUAAACGAUGAUCAAAAGAAAAAUAAUUAUGCAUUUUUUUUAAAUUAUUCAAAUCGUUACACAGAAACAUGUUUGCUUUUUUAUUUAAUUACUUUGUUAUUUAUUUAAAUAAUGAGCAUGCAUUUUUUCGUCCAAAGUUUUUUUAAAUAAAGGAGUAAAGAGAGUUGCAAUCAUUAUUUUCUUGUUCACAUUCACUCGCUGACACAACGAAGAAUUAUAAUUAAUGUCACAAGUGAGUUAAUUGAAUAAAAGACUUAAAAAAAAGUACACUUGCAAAUAAUUAUAUUUUAUCGAAUUUCUAUAUGAUAGUGUAUUGAAUAAAAUUUUUUUAUGCUAUAAAUUUUAAUACGCUAAUUAGCUAUACAAUUCAUAAAAUCAAUCGAAGAAAUUUAUUGAUUUAUUUUUCAUGUUAAAGAUCGAAAAAAAAUAUUUUAAUUAGUUUUUCUCCUUGUAAUUAUGGAAAAAGAAUUGUACGAAUUUAUAAUUUAAUAUUAAUUAUCUAUUUAAACUAAUUGUAUAAGUUCUUUAUGUAACAAAUGUUAAAAAUCUGACUAGUAGUUAAAC